CGUUCGCCGUUGACGGGUUUCUCGUAUCCUCAUCUAACCCAGUGUGAGUGUCUGACAGCAGUUCAGUGCUUCGUGCUGCAAUUCGUGUAUGUGUGUGAGUGUUGUGUGGUGUGUGUUGGUGUGCAACGGGAUCAUCCAUAAAAAAGUACAAAUCAGUCGUAUAGCUGAAUAAAAAAAUAUAAAAAGAAGGAAAAUGACAACCUAUAUGAAAAUUUUUGAGGAACGCAUCUCCGGCCUGGCCAAGGGUGUUGAUGAAACUGUGGACAGCUGGUUUCUGAUGAGCUCACCAGCUCCAGUUGUCGCUGUGGUGCUGGUUUAUCUGGCGUUCGUGCUCAAAAUUGGCCCGGAGUAUAUGAAGAAUCGUAAGCCCAUGGAUCUGAAGCGCAUUAUGGUGUUUUACAAUGCCUUUCAGGUCUGCUACUCCAUAUGGAUGUGUCGUACGUCCUUUAAGGAGAGCAAUGUCAUGGCAUCGAUACUGUCUAAGAAGUGCGAAAUCAACCGCACACGCGAACAGAACUUGGCUCUCUAUUCGGGCGCCUGGUUCUACUUCUUCUCGAAGAUCAUCGAUCUGCUGGACACCACGUUCUUUGUGCUGCGCAAGAAGAACAAUCAGGUCUCGUUCCUGCACGUCUACCAUCAUACGAUCACAGUGCUCUUCUCGUGGGGCUAUCUGAAGUAUGCGCCCGGCGAACAGGGCGUCAUCAUUGGCAUUCUCAACUCCGGUGUGCAUAUCAUUAUGUAUUUCUACUAUAUGGUCGCCGCCAUGGGACCUCAAUACCAGAAGUAUCUGUGGUGGAAGAAGUACAUGACCAGCAUUCAGCUGAUUCAGUUUGUCCUCAUUCUUGGCUAUAUGCUGACCGUGGGCGCCAAGGGCUGCAACAUGCCCAAGACGCUGACCUUCUUCUUUGUGGGCAACACGAUCAUCUUCCUUUAUUUGUUCGGCAACUUCUAUCGGAAGACGUACAAUAAGAACAAGACCAUCGAUGCCAAUGGUAAUGCCAUGAGCUCUGGUGGCAGGAGCAUGAAUCUGGCUCAGUCGGCACUGAGGGCUGCCGGUGGCAUGGGCUGCAUGCCAAUGCCAACCAAGAACAAAAUCCACAACAUCCACAACAACAACAACAACAGCGACUAUAAGCCCUACAUCGACCUGAACAAUAACAAUGUGAAGCCCCUGAAGAUGGAAUGAGCAGAUAGGCUAAGUUCGGGGUUAACUUUGGUAGGGUUGCUUUGUCUUUAGGUUAAUCAUACGUUUUUUUUAGAUCGGGGCUUAAGUCUAGUGUUAAACGUUUAUCCAUAACCCUAACUGUACAUGAACAAAUGAAUCUGAAUGAUGAGCUUCGUAAAUGUAGAGUGUAUAAAGUUGAUGCCAAACAGCAGAAGAUUUCAUCCAAAUACCUAGGUGUGUAAGUGUGUGAGAGUGAGUGGAAGUGAGUGUGUGUGCGUGUGCAUGUGUCUGCCUGUUUGUGUGUAUUGCCCUAAGUAUUGAAAUGCAAACAACUUGUUGUUAAUAAGAAUCGAAAAUUGAUUUGUUUCCAAUUACGUCAAUGCUGA